AUGAGUUAUCAAUUCUAUGACCAGGAAGGGGAGCGACAUCCUAGCACCAAACUUAAGGAGGCUUGGAGAGUUGCUGGUGCUCACGGAGAUGUGUUUAGUGGGAAAGAGGUGAUUGAACUUGCUUGUGGAAUGGGAACUCUGCAAAUGGGAGAAAAUAUUUCCAAAGUAUUAAAUGGAAUUGUUUCUUACAAUCUUAGACGGUCGCUUGGUGUAUGUGCUAAGAUUUGUUCCUUCAAAUUUUCAGCCAUAAUUCCCCUAUGGAUGUUCCCAAUCGCAGUUACAGGUGGGAGUACAUCUGUACUAAAGCUAUCUGAAAAAGAGUUGGCAAUGGAAGCUGAUUUGGCUAAUGGUGUCAUAAGUAUAUUGUUAAUGCUAAUUAUGAUGGUGACGAUAUCAGAGUGUUAUCGUUUGUUGGUUCUAAUUCACAUAUAUGCAAGAGCAUUGGCCAAAGGGAAGCACGUUCAAACUAUCAUUGAGGCCAAAAAUCAUGCAAUUGACAUGCCUGAUGCUAACCGCGUGGAUGCUAUUGUUAAGAGCAUCCCCAUUCGGUUCUGCAUAUGGGUUUCUUCCCUAUAA